UAUAAGAAGAAGGACCAAAACUACUGACAAGAGCUUCUAAAUCCAGGGUACUAAAAAGCAAACCAACUAGAGAACUAAACUGACAAAGCAUUAAGCCAUGGCCACAAGUUGUUCCUACAUGGUGUCAACAAGAUUAUCCAUGCUUGGUUGGAGUGGAGGAGGAAGAAAAGAACUCAGGAACAGAAGAGCAUCCUUCAUUUCAGCUCAGCAGCAACAAACAGAUGUGGAGGAAGCAGAGAGUGUGAAGGCACCGCCGCAGGAAGAGCAAGAGCAAGAGCAAGCAGAGAGCAGCCGGAGUUGGAAGCCGAAAGGGACGAAGCCAAGGCCGGUGGAGCCGCAGCUGAAUGUUAAGAGCAAGAACAUGACCAGGGAGUAUGGAGGGCAGUGGCUGAGUUGCACCACCCGCCAUAUAAGGAUCUUUGCGGCCUACAUUGAUCCGGUGACUUGCGAGUUUGAUCAAACCCAAAUGGAUAAGCUCACACUUAUUCUUGAUCCCAGUAAUGAAUUUGUGUGGAAACCUGACACAUGCAACUUGGUCUAUUCUUACUUCCAAGAGCUUGUGGAUCACUACGAGGGUGCUCCAUUAACAGAAUACACACUUCGCCUAAUUGGUUCGGACCUAGAGCACUAUAUAAGGAAGCUGCUAUAUGAUGGUGUCAUCAAGUACAACAUGGACGCUAAGGUUCUGAAUUUCAGCAUGGGAAAGCCACGCAUCAUGUUCAACAAUGAUAACCAACUUGAAGAGCCACCUGAGAAAUGAGCAAAGCAAAGUGCAUUUGCAUAUUGCUGUAAUGACAGUUCCUUUUUAAAGGUGUAUAAAAUUGUUGUACAUUAGAAUU